AUGGAUGAGGAAGUGACCUUAAUGGAUUGGGGGAAUGCAAUUGUAAAAGAAAUUAGAAAGGGCCAAGAUGGGUAUGUCACGCAUUUAGCUGGGGUUUUGCAUCUUGAGGGAUCUGUUAAGACCACAAAGUUGAAGCUCACCUGGCUGCCGGACAUAAGUGAACUUGUAACACUCUCUUUUGUAGAGUUCGACUAUUUAAUUUCAAAGAAGAAGCUCAAAGAAGAUGAGGAUUUCCUUGAUGUACUUAACCCAUGUACGAAAAAGGAAACUGUAGCCCUUGGAGAUUCAAAUUUGCGGAGCUUGAAGCAUGGAGAAAUACUGCAGCUGGAGAGGAAAGGCUACUUUAGAUGUGACGUUCCCUUCAUGAGGCCUUCAAGGCCCACAGUUUUAUUUGCUAUUCCAGAUGGGAGGCAGCAAACUGGAUCGAAGUAA